AUUUAAAAAUUAUUUUUUUAAACUCUACCUUUUUUUCAUAAAAAAACAUCUCAUUUUCUUUUGCUAGUAAUUGAAAGGGAUGCACUAUUAAAUGCUCAACCAUAUCCGAUUAACCCAUAUUAUUCUUUUCUCUGUUCUCCUCCCCCCUCAAUUAAGAAGAUCGGAGAAGAGGUAACACUUGAGCAAACCAAAAACUCUUCUCCUUUCUUCACAAUCAACAAUGGCAGAAACCCAGAACCAAAAUUCAAACCAAAUUACAACAAGAGUAACAAUUCCACCUUACAUGAAAGCCAUAUCUGGGUCAAUCGGAGGAAUUGUAGAAGCUUCUUGUUUACAACCCAUUGACGUUAUCAAGACGCGUUUACAGCUCGAUCGUGUUGGUAACUACAAGGGAAUUACUCACUGUGGCUCAACAAUUAUUAACACUGAAGGUGUACGUGCCCUUUGGAAGGGAUUAACCCCAUUUGCUACUCAUUUAACUCUUAAAUAUGCCCUUCGUAUGGGCACUAAUGCUGUUCUUCAGACUGCUUUGAAGGAUUCUGAAACUGGUAAACUUAGUCAUCAAGCUCGUUUGUUUUCUGGGUUUGGUGCUGGUGUUCUUGAAGCCCUCGUUAUUGUCACCCCUUUUGAGGUUGUAAAAAUUAGGUUACAACAGCAGAGAGGAUUGAGUCCUGAACUUUUGAAAUACAAGGGUCCCAUACAUUGUGCUCGCAUGACAAUACGUGAAGAAGGAAUUUUGGGUUUGUGGGCUGGUGCUGCUCCGACGGUCAUGCGCAAUGGAACUAAUCAAGCAGCCAUGUUCACUGCCAAAUACACAUUUGACAAGGCCUUAUGGAAAAAGCAAGAAGGUGAUGGCCAGGUUCUCCAGCCAUGGCAGUCUAUGAUUUCAGGCUUUCUUGCCGGGACAGCGGGCCCCAUAUGUACUGGUCCAUUCGAUGUCGUGAAAACCAGACUAAUGGCACAAAGCAAAUCCGGGGGCGAUGUGAAGUACACAGGUAUGAUUCAUGCGAUAAGAACAAUAUAUGUUGAGGAAGGGCUACGAGCGUUGUGGAAAGGAUUAUUGCCAAGACUCAUGAGAAUUCCACCAGGCCAGGCUAUUAUGUGGGCCGUUGCUGAUCAAGUGACUGGACUGUACGAGAAGCGGUUCUUGCAGAGUGCACCCUUGUAAUGAGGUUUUGUUCAAUUUCUUUCUUGUGCUUUGCUUUCCAUUGGGUGUCCUGACUUUCAUUUCCAAAUUACCGACGAUAAAAAUGUUUUCCGUCAUAAAUUUAGUUACGAGAGUUAUUUGAUGAGUUCCGGAGAGGAAGCCUCGCACCGGUAUUGCUUUGUAGGAAGUUUAAACAUUUUUUGACCUACUUGUAUGAUGUGAUAUGCAGCUUGAUCAGAUUUUGGUGCCCAAGAAACAAGGGAAAAUCCAUGACAUUGUUAUUUUUGUGAACUUUAUGUUACAUUGAUGAAGUUAAUUUUUUAGGUGUGUAGUUAUAGAUGAGUUGGGAAAUUUUCUAACAAAUUGGAAUUUGUAUUUUGAUACCUAUAUGCUAUAUCCCAUUCAUUGUAGAAACCAAAAUUAUUUUUAGUUGCUUGUUGUAAUUCUAUUAUCUAUGAUAGUUGUAUGGACUUGUCUUUCUCGUUGA